ACGACCGAGCAACAGCAUCCUCUUAGGAAACAAACAGAAGCAGGAGAUAGGAGAAAAGAACCGUCUUCAGUUUCAGCAGAUCUGCUCAGGACAGGUGCCUGAACCACACACAGCUCAGACUGCACUUCAGCUGUUAAAACACUGCGUGAUGAAGACUCCACUGUGGACGAUAUUGUUGCUUGGACUGUGUAACCCAGCAUGGGGUGACUGCAAGAAAGACUGCCUCUUCUGCAGCCAAAAACUGCCUGUUGAAUAUGCCUUCAAUAAUUUGGUGUGUCUGGUGGAGUGUCAUGGUAAACUUUCUCCAGGCGACACCUGGGAGAUGUGUCGCAGGACCAUUGUGGAGCCGAAACCAAUAGCCUUGUUAUCGGUUGCCAAUGGCAUGCUGAAAAGAGAAGAUGAGGAAGCAGACACCUCUCUGCCUGUGGACCAGGAUGAUGGGCAGUAUUCUGAAACCCUCCAGAGGUUCAACCACAUAACACAGGCCUUGGGAAUGGAUGAUCAGGACCAAGAUAUGCAGCUCAGUAAAAAAUACAAGUUCCUGCAAGUACAGUCAGCACAAGAAUCUGAGGAAGAGCGAGAUAGAGAUAGCGAGAUGGAAGGCAAGGAGGAAGAGGCUGCCGUCCACCUGAUAAAACGCUUCGGAGGCUUCCUCAAAAACAAGUAUGGCUACAGAAAGUUCAUGGAUCCUGGAAGGCCUUUGCAAAAAAGAUAUGGGGGUUUCAUAGGCGUCCGCCAAUCUGCCCGCAAGUGGAACAGCCAGAAGCGCUUUAGCGAGUUCCUCAAGCAGUAUUUGGGCAUGAGUACUCGAGCUAGUGAGUUUAAUAGUAUGUCUUCUGAUGUCACUCAACAGAAUGAAUAAGUUUUGACCUUUGAAGUGAAUAAACUUACCAAGCAAACCUUUUGUCAUGCUCAUUCGAAAGAUACCAUGCACCGUUCUCCUCAAACACAAAAAGCUCUCAUAGUGCCACAGGGUUUCAUGUGCAUUUACUCAAUGAAGCAUCUAAUCUGUGUCAAACAAAGCUUACAUUAAGUGAUAUUAGCUUGAAAUUUGAUGAAAACUCUUAUGAUUUGAUUUGACUGGUAUUGCAUAUGAAGGCCCCUGUAGUUUUAUUAUACAUCAUUUGAAAACGUUAUUUGUUCCAAAUUCAUCUCCUCUACGACACUGCCACCUAUUGGUCAAUAAUAAUUAAAUCUCCAUGAAAAUCCUUGAAAUUGAGGUGGACUUCAUAUGGAGAGGUCAUUACUAGACCAAAUAGAAUUAUUAAAGGAAUAGUUCUCCAAAAAUUAAGUAAUUGCCAUGCUCACUCACCCUCAUGUCAUUUAGAGAUCUAAAUGGAACGCAAAUCAGAAUUAAAGUCUAAAGAAAGCAAGAGAAACAGACUAAAAUUAAAGUUUGGUAACUUUUAAAAACAUUUAACUCUUAAAAAGUUUUUAAAAAAGUAACUGUUUUACAAAGUUGCAAUUUCAUAUGAAAUUUUACAAAGCAUUUCUUUUUGUUGGAAAAAAUAAAGCAUUAAGUUUCACCCCUUAGCAUAGCAUAACCAUCACUGGGGCGUAAACAGAUUGUACAAAUUCAUAUGAAUAAGCCACCAAUUGACCAAAACAUAUGCAUUGCCAUGAGAUUGUGUAGGGGAAAAGAGCAGCUUUAACAAUCUGCUUAACAUCUCCUUUUGUGUUUUAAGGAAGAAACAAAAUAAA